AAAAGAUAAACAAGUCACAAAAAGUUGACCACAAAUGUUUGUAGAUAACAACUCACGUGAUUUGUUUAAAAGAACCAUGUUAGAAUAUUAACCAGAAUAGGUGUCCUGACCUUGACAUGGGCACGUUUGAUCAGCAGACGGGUGACCCCAAAUCACUGGCCACCUACUUUAGCCGGAUAGACAUACUAACAGCUCCACAGACAGAACAAGAAGAGCCAAUCAAAGAUAUCACAAAGCGUCACUGGAAACCCCAAGAGUCCCGAUCUGGCUGCUUGAACACGACUUGUAGGAAACAGUUUUCUCUGAUAGAGAGACCCCACCACUGUAGGAGAUGCGGAGAAAUAUUUUGUUCGAACUGCGUGAAGUUCCGCAGGAAGUUGAACAAGCUAGCAAACCCUGAUCCUGAUGGCAAGACAUACAAGGUUUGUCAGAAAUGCUACGAUGAAGGCCGAGUGACAGAAGGAUGUAUACGCAAUUUAACGGAGGAAUUCAGGUGGUUACGAGCUGCAGGAAAGAACAGACAUGCUGUGAUUGCAGCUGGUCAGAGAAGCGCUCACUGGCGGGAGAGGUUGAACCUGGAGAAGGAGUUCCAGCGUCUGGUCGAUGGGUUCCAGACGAUCACCAGCGAGUCGGAGAUGAAGAGAACUCUCCAGGAAGUGAGGAGCAUGGUGUCUGUGCCGGAGUGGCAGAAGUCAUCUGUCUGGAUUCAGGAACAGCUGGCCGACUCGUGCCAAGUGUGUCGCAGUAAGUUCGGAGUCCUGCGUAAAAAAGUCUGCUGCAAGGUCUGCGGCAUUGCCGUGUGUAAAUCGUGUUCUUCCAAAGAUCUCCUCGUCUUUCUACCCGACAACCAAGAUGGUGAGCCGCAUACGUCACCAAAACUGGCCAUCAUCAAGAUUAAGGGAUGCCCAGAGGUGGAGCCUGAAAUAAGUCUGUACCUGAGAACAUGUGGGGAGUGUCGUGAGAAGAUGAUUGACAAGCAGAUAGCCAAUCUGGAGAAAGGAGAUGACGACCUUCAAGAGAAUGACUUCCUGUCAAAGUUGAACAAUGUUCAUCAUGUGUUUUACAAAGUUGAGGUUCACAUCAACAAACAUCUUCCUGAGUACCAGGAGAUUGUUGACUCGCUGCAUGACAAUAGUCGAGGGACAAACUUACAAGGCUCAGAUGUGCCACCCAAGAGCAACAUGAAGACACUUGCCAAAUCUCAGGAAGAUUUAUCGGACUUCCUUGCUCAGCACGUGAUGACGACACAACAGCUGAAACGCCUGAAGCCGCAGUCGUCCACCCAGUCGAAGCUGAUGAAGAACUACAUCAGGAGCAAGUGUGAUUUCUACCUCGAAAACAUGGCAGUAUUCCGCGGUGGCAAGAGAAAGCUUGAGAGUACGUCACCACCAGAAGUGUUGGAGUUCAUUCAGAAGAUUAUGGAUACAAAUGCUAUUGUGAGCACACACCUGUAUGUACGACAGCUAGUAUAUGAGGCUCUCGGACUUUGUGCCAAGUUUCACCUGCCUGAAGAUAUUCCUAAACUUUUAACACCAGUGGAACAGGUGAUUGAAAAUGAUGUCAAGACGUGUGUCAUCCGAGACGGCGAGGACUGGGAACACCACCAAGAAACGACUCAACAGCUGAUCAAAACUCAAAUCAAGGAUCAUAAACUGAUCCGCCCUUCAAGAACCUACUUAAGAAAAUAUGGUGCACAGCAUGCAGACGAGAUAAUGAGGUCAAGGUCACAAGAGGUUGUCACCAAGGUGCUGCUGCAGCUGAAUAUGAAAUCAGCCAAUCGAAGGUUUCCAUCCACCAAAAAGGCUUUGGAAGAGGAGAAUGCUCCAAGGUGAACAAGAGCAGCCUUUCACAGAAAGGAGAACAUUGUGCUGCAUAACUAUUUGUCAGUUUUCUCAUUGUUACAAACCCUCUAUAACCGCAUGGGAGCACUCCUUGGCAAGAUCAACCAACGAGUCUUCGGUCUUCAUGAUGUACGGGUUCCGUGCAUACCAGUUUCUUAGCACAUCCUACAAUUACAAAAUAAUGUUUUCGCUGAAAAAAGGAUGUAAUUAUAUUCUGUGUCAUGAUUAUUAUUAUGAUCAUUUGGAAUAUUUUCCUACAUACACUCAAUUAUAUUGUUAGUCACACAAACCACUCUCCAUAGCAUAAGCUGCUCUGAAUUUUGAUGAAAAUAUGGAGUUUAUGAAUUGAUGUUUAACAACAAUCCAACAUGAAAAACAGUAGUGGAUGUCAAACAAUAUGGGUGACUAACUGUUUGCAUUUAUAAAUGGUUUAUGAUAAAUAUCACCUGCUAAUGAUCACAUCCUGUGAAUCAUUCAAUCAGAUGCUGUAUUUUCCCCAUGUAUUAUGCGCACUCUUUUUCCACAAAAAAUACAGGUUAAAAAUGGGGGUGCGCAUUAUACAUAACAAUAGAAAAACUAAAUCUUUUUUAAAUUUCCUGCGGUCACCCAUAAAAAAUCGUUCAUCGGUAGUUUACUGGUUAUUGAUAGUGUUCAUUACAAUGAAACACCAAAGCCCUCUUAAAAAUCGCUUUUCACUUGUGAUGGUUGUAAUAAAGGUAAAAUAAAUGUACAAAAGUAUCCAUACCUCGCCAAAAAGUUCACAAAAAUAGACCGUAAAUAUUUUUAAUUUCCAUGAGAUUUAAUUUGGCCAUUUCCAUCAAAAAGGAAAUAUACGAUACUACUAUAAAAUUAGAAAUCUAGCGCAUUCACGUUAGAUACGAGAACCAAAUGUAAUAUCAGUGUUCUACGCUCGAUUUUUUACCUUACUCUUCUUUGGCUAGUGGACAAAAACAUUUUACUAGCCAAGCUUAAAAUGUUACUAGCCACACUACUCUUUUUGUAUCAUUUAUGCAUGUGCUGUAACCAUCAUAGCAUUAUACAUGACUUGUGCCGCUGGAUGAAAUAAAUAAUGUGAAACAA